AUGGCCCAGUUCAGUAAAGAAGAGCUUUCUUUUGUUGAGGAUCUUCCUAAGCAUAUGGAGAUAGAGUGUCUGGUUUGUCUGAAAUUAUUGACAGAUCCUCAUAUUGUGAGCUGCUGUGGACAUAAUUUCUGUGGGUCUUGUAUUGAGAGAGUAAAAACUAGUAAUGGAUCCUGUCCUAUGUGUAACGAGAAGGAAUAUCAAGCAAUACCUGACAAGAAGUGUUCACGUAUUAUCAAUGGAUUGGAGGUCUACUGCAAGAAGAGAGAAGGAGAAUGUCAAUAUGAAGAAGUGAAGUGUCGAUAUCGAAAAUGUCAAGAGAGAAAGCAACGUAGACAUCUUGAGGAUCAUGAAGAUAAAGAAUGUCCUCAACGUCCAUUUCAAUGCCAAUACUGCAGGAGGAAAG